UUCAUAAACACUUUGCGAGCAAGAAUACGUUUCGUCUUUUCCCUAGCAUGGCCAGACCACAACAACGGUAUCGAGGCGUCCGACAAAGGCAUUGGGGGUCUUGGGUCUCUGAAAUCCGCCACCCUCUAUUGAAGACGAGGAUAUGGCUUGGUACAUUUGAAACUGCAGAAGAUGCAGCCAGAGCAUACGAUGAAGCAGCGAGGCUGAUGUGUGGUCCGAGAGCAAGAACCAAUUUCCCUUACAACCCCAAUGCGUCUCAAUCAUCAUCUUCUAAGCUUCUCUCCGCAACUUUGACCGCUAAACUGCAUAGAUGUUAUAUGGCUUCGCUUCAAAUGACAAGACCUACAGUGCCGGAACCUCUGCGAGUAACUUCGCCAAAUGUAGUGUCCACGAGUACAAGCAACUCGUCCACUGUGAAAAGGAGAGAGAACAAUAUUACAAUGUUGGAAGGGAAGACAGCCAAGGAGGAGAAGGAAGAGACUGAAGAAUCAGAGGCAAAGUGGGGUGUGAAGAAGGUGAAGGUGGAAAGUGGUGAGCAAUUCAAGCCUCUUGAAGAGGAUCAUAUAGAGCAAAUGAUUGAAGAGCUUCUUGAUUAUGGGUCUAUUGAGCUCUGUUCUGUCAUGCCAUCUCAGUAAUGUUGCCUCCUUAAUAUGCUCAACAAUUUCAACAUUUUGCUGCUUCAAAUUCUUCUAGGAAAAGACGCUUAUUCUACUAAUUAACCCAUUCUUCUUAAUUCCCAGCCUCUUGAAGUGAUUAAUUCACCUACCCUAGAUUAUCCAGGAAACCUUCCAAGUGACCCAUUAGAUAAUGCUAUAUGUACAGCCAAUUGUGUUGUGAUCCAUGAAAUUGUUGUUUAUGUUUCAUGUAUGGCCUUGUUCUUAGAUCAUAGCCUCUGCAAUUAGCGUUUGUAGUAGCGGAUUGCAGAGAUACUCUGAUAUGUACUGGAAGGUUUGUCAAAGGGCACGGCUUUUUAGAAAGUGGCCGUAUCUCUUUAUUUCAAACAACGUAGAAUUUUAUGCACCCGUAUACUUCUCUUCAUUCUAGCUCAA